AUGAAUUCUAUGUUAAAAAUUGAUCAGCAUUCAGAAAGUGUUGAAUCAUCGAGCAAAACUCGAGCAAUCUGCUUACUAACUAGGUCCUGUCCAUCAAAUGACAAAUACUGUAGUUAUACUCCAAAACUGAUUUCCAAAGAACGUUUAUGUCAAGCCGUCGACAUUUUAUUAGAUAUGCAAAAUGAUGGUGGAGGUUUCGCCAGUUAUGAACGUAUUCGUGGUCUAAGUUUUCUGGAAUUGAUGAAUCCAGCAGAGGUUUUUGGAAAUAUCAUGAUCGAAUAUAGCUAUCCCGAGUGCACUUCUAGUGUUAUAACGGGACUGUACGCAUUUUCGAAAUAUUACCCCGACUAUCGGGCCGAUGAAAUUAAUAAUCGUGAUUUGUUGAUUGAUAGGAAGGUUUGCGAUAAAGCUAAAAAGUACAUUUACGAUUCGCAGCUGGAGGAUGGGAGUUGGUAUGGUUCAUGGGCCAUCUGUUUCACCUACGCCACCAUGUUUGCAAUGGAAGCAUUGGCGAGUUAUGGUGAGACCUACAAGAAUAGGUAA